CCGUGCACUCUAGUGUGAUCGACAGCUGCAUCGACGGCCUGCGAGAGAAAUGCCUGCGCGCAUCAUAAAACAAGCGUAGAAGGUUAAUAUAGUUUGUCUAUUAACAAAUGUGAAAAUGCCGUUGCGGUGUAUUGCAGUAGGAUGCAACAACAGUCGCCGAACGGGACACAAAAUGCAUACUUUCCCAAGGGACCCCAAACGGCGUCUCGAAUGGGCAGUGAAAGUCAGCCUUGCUGGAGAGAACGGCAAACUUUGGGUGCCGCCAAAGGAUGGGAGUUUCGGUCUCUGCGAGGCACACUUUGACGAAGACCAGUAUGAGCCGCGCAGAGAAGAUCGCAAGUUGAAGCCAUUUGCUGUACCUACAAUAUUCGCCCACAGGAAGCAGCGCAAAAAGCGAAAAGUUCCGAAGCGUGCUGAAGCGGAAAACCCAAUAAGUCAGUUACAAAAGUUAGUUCAUGCCACCAGCAAUGACCACACGUAUCUGUCAGCGAAGGAGAAUCCAGGUACAGGUACAACAGACACGGCAAAUGCCAGUGUUAUUCUCAAAGCAGCACAAGCUCGCAGUCCUCUGGAAACCACCAAAGGAAAUGUGCCUGUCGAAUGUGUGCCGAUUGUUACAGAUAAUAGUCAUGCAGUCAGUUUCACAAGGCCAGUUACAAGAAGCAGUUCCUCCACGCAGUCAUUGUGCAACACUGCUGUAGAAGUUCCGCAGCGUGAUAGCAAUUCUGGAAUUUCUGCAAAAGAUAGUCCACCAAAGCAGGCAACCAUUCUCAUGGGACCUGGAGGUACUAUACUAGUCCCCUGCAGUAGUUCUGGAAGUCUUCCGGGAGGAAGUCCCUUUGUUCUGGUCGGGUCAACCCUAAUACCUGUGAGCACAGUGCCAGGGCAAAAUCUACUUCCCGAGCCCACAGCGGCGCUCCGUCCUCCGUCCCCACAAGUGCCCCAGAUAUCGUCCAUACAAUCCCUUUCUACGGGCCAGUCUGAAGGAUACACACCCGUUCCCUCCAAAUCCCUCAGUUACGAGGACCUUGUGCAGGAAAAUCAGAAACUCAAGGCUCAGUUGAGCAGCACGCUACAACAGCUCUCGGAAUCCACCAAGCAGUUAGUCAAGGUGAAAACAUCGUUGGCAAAGCAGUCCGAGAGGAUAUCCGGGUUCCUCACUACAGACCAGGUCGAGUCCCUUGUUAAAGUCGGGGUAGACAUCAGCUGGAAGGAAGAGACAUUGAUGUACUUCCUCGAGCUCUACAGAAGCUCCGCCGACAUGUACAAAAAACUGUUGGACAAAAAGUACCCUUUCCCACCACUGUCCACACUUAAAAGUUAUUGCAAGAAGCACAGGAUAGUCGAUAACCUGCCUGCUGAACUUUUGCCGGGUCAGGACGAAGAAGAUGAUACGUCCAACCUAAAUGUUGUGUGGAUGUAAAUGAGAGAAAAAUAAUAAUGAAAUUACGGUGUAAAUAACGGCGCUUUUUGUUUAUUUUCUUUUUGCACACGUGAAUGAGCCAAAGCAGCUCAAGCAGCUUUCUGUGUACAAUGUUCAUGUUGUAAAUAAAAUGACUUGAAAAUCA